CUCCCAGGAAUGGACUGUCUGCUGACCAAGCCCAGUUCACCGCCGUAAGGAAGAUGGAGCCAUCUAACAACAGGGUCUUCAUGGGCGCCGCCAUACUGUCCCCCGAAACUUCCCGGUUUCUCGCAACCUUGCACAGGGGGACAGUGCUCUAAUCCCUUCUCCGAAGCCGUCUCCCGCUUAGAGCUUGCCGGAUGCUGGGCUGAUGCUGCCUGCCCCGUUUCGCCGCGGACCUCUUGGCUCCAGACCCAGAACGAAACCAUCUCCCCCGUCUUACGGAAGAUGGGGCCCCUUGUAUAGGCCGCCUGAUAAGCGCCGCCAUCUUGUCAUCCGGGACAAUUCCUCUGGGAGCAACACCGUCCCCGCUGGAUCGAAGGGUCUAGGUCUGCGAGUUUGCACUCGAGUCAAGGUCCCGGUGGGCUUUCGGAGGCUCCCGUAAGGGACUUUCCCAACGGCGGCGGGAAUCUGGUCCUGGGAGGCGGCUUCGGUGCGCUGUUGCUGGGUCCUCGAGAAUGGUGAUGAGGAGUCUUCGCAGCCCUUUGCGGGUCGGGGGUUCGGGGCGCACACUGCCGCCGCCGCCUCUGCAGCCAUGCUCUCCGUGCGCGUCCCGCUCGCCACCCUGGCGGACCAGCAGCUGCUCCAGCUCUCGCCCCUGAAGGGGCUCAGCCUGGCGGACAAGGAGAACACGCCCCCGGCCCUCAGCAGUUCCCGCGUCCUGGCCAGCAAGACCGCCCGGAAGAUCUUCCAGGAGCCCGCCGAGCCGGAGAAAACUAAGGUUCCUGCCCCCAGCGUGGAGGAUGAGCCACUCCUGAGAGAAAAUCCCCGCCGCUUUGUCAUCUUUCCUAUCGAAUACCAUGAUAUUUGGCAGAUGUAUAAGAAAGCUGAGGCUUCCUUUUGGACAGCUGAGGAGGUGGAUCUUUCCAAGGACAUUCAGCACUGGGAAGCCCUGAAGCCUGAGGAGAGAUAUUUUAUAUCACAUGUUCUAGCUUUCUUUGCAGCAAGUGAUGGCAUAGUAAAUGAAAACUUGGUGGAGCGAUUUAGCCAAGAAGUUCAGAUUACAGAAGCCCGCUGUUUCUAUGGCUUCCAAAUUGCCAUGGAAAACAUACAUUCCGAAAUGUAUAGUCUCCUUAUCGACACUUACAUUAAAGAUUCCAAAGAAAGGGAAUUUCUCUUCAAUGCAAUUGAAACGAUGCCUUGCGUAAAGAAGAAGGCAGACUGGGCCUUGCGUUGGAUUGGGGACAAAGAAGCUACCUAUGGAGAACGUGUCGUAGCUUUUGCAGCAGUAGAAGGAAUCUUCUUUUCUGGCUCUUUUGCAUCCAUCUUCUGGCUUAAGAAACGAGGAUUGAUGCCUGGCCUCACAUUUUCCAAUGAACUUAUUAGCAGAGAUGAGGGUUUACACUGUGACUUUGCCUGCCUCAUGUUCAAACACCUGGUUCACAAACCUUCGGAACAGAGAGUAAAAGAUAUAAUUAUCAAUGCUGUUAGGAUAGAACAGGAGUUCCUUACGGAGGCCUUGCCUGUCAAGCUGAUUGGAAUGAAUUGCACUUUAAUGAAGCAGUACAUUGAAUUCGUGGCAGACAGACUUAUGCUGGAACUGGGUUUCAGCAAGGUUUUCAGAGUGGAGAAUCCCUUUGACUUUAUGGAGAAUAUUUCGCUGGAAGGGAAGACAAACUUCUUUGAGAAGAGAGUAGGCGAGUAUCAGAGGAUGGGAGUGAUGUCGACUUCAACAGAAAACUCCUUUACUUUGGAUGCUGACUUCUAAAUGAACUGGAGAUGUGUUCCUUAUUUUGCUGAUGUUUUUCCCUUCUCAGCAAAAAAAAGAAAAAAGAAAAAAAAAAACAGCUACUUGAAACGUUAUCAACCA